CCCCUCCUUGACCCAUAACACAUUGCAAAUUCUACUCAUUUUACUUCAAAACUUUCAAGAGAAAGAGAGAUUUAAACACUAAAUUUGCCCUUAAAAACUUCAUUUUUGCUCCAAGAACACAUUUUUUUGAUCAAAUUCUCUCAAAAGGGUUCAUCAUGAAUGUGUCUACCAUGUUCAUGAGCCAACAAAUUACUCAACAACCAUUGAUAAAUCUUCCCCCUCGAAGAAUUAACACCAACCCUUUCUUCAACGUUAGGAAGCUUGAAAAAGAGAAAGUGGUGAUUGUGAUUGGCGCCACUGGAACGGGAAAAUCUCGACUUUCGAUCGAUAUCGCUACCCGAUUUCCGUCGGAAGUCAUCAAUUCUGACAAAAUGCAAGUCUACGACGGUCUGGAUAUAGUAACAAAUAAGGUCACUAAACAAGAACAACGCGGUGUGCCUCAUCACUUGCUUGGAAUUAUUGAUCCUUUCUCUGAUUUCUCGGCUACCAACUUCUCUGAUAUGGCUAUGCUUUCUUUGGUCACUAUUCUCGGCCGUGACCGUCUCCCAAUCAUUGCUGGUGGCUCGAAUUCUUACGUUGAAGCUUUAAUUGACUCGAACUUUCAAUCGAAAUACGAAUGUUGCUUCCUUUGGGUGGAUGUGUCAAUGCCUGUACUUCAUUCCUUUGUAUCCAAACGAGUUGACAAGAUGGUAGCGAAUGGGAUGGUCGACGAGGCCGAAGAAUUCUUCGAUCCGGCUGGUGAUUAUUCUCGUGGGAUCAAAAGGGCAAUUGGGGUUCCCGAAUUUGACUCGUAUUUUCGAUACAGAUCAUUAUUAGACGACGAAACUCAAGAGAAACUUUUGCAAGAAGCCAUAUCAAAAGUAAAGAAGUACACAUGCAAGCUAGCAUCGAGGCAAAUGGGGAAGAUCCAACGGCUGAGAAACAUCAAGGGAUGGAAGAUACACAGGUUGGAUGCGACCGAGGCCUUUAAAAAACAAGGGAAAGAAGCCGAAGAAGAAUGGAACAAGCUCGUUACAGUGCCUAGCACGACGAUAAUCGACCAAUUUCUUCACUCGAACGUCAUCACCACAAAAGUCCCGACGAAUUUAGCAACCCUCCUCGACCUGUCGAGGAUGAGAAGUGCAGCCAUUGCAGCUGCAACUCCUUGAACAAUGAAGCCAAGAAAAUGGUGCACAUGGAACAAAUUUUGAAGGGACUUUCAAUGCUAUAAGAUCAAAUAUUGGACGGUCAAGAUUAAAAAGGAAUAUAUACAUUACAAAAGCUAAAUCAUUUAGAGAUGAUUCUAUAUUGUGUGU